GAGGCCCAGUCAAGGCUGACCCUACACGUGGCUCGCACGUGGUCCCGCGGUACAGAGAGAGUGGCUGAGCGAGGUGCCUAAAGAGGGAUACCAAACAGAUGCAUGUCGCAAUUACACGAAGAGACAGAAGAACAUACGCAGGGAAAGACGAUGCAAAUUUAAUAAAAGUGAAGCGAAAGUUGGCAAGACACGUCGUGGCUAGAAGGGGGGAUGAUGACCGACGGCCAAUAUCGACGGGAGCGCCCACCGAGGAGUGGCUAAUGAGAGGAGACGAAUCGUUUGUCCACUUGAUUCAAAGCAUUUAUGAAGAUGUUUUGGAAAAACACCUCAAGAAAUGUAACGCAAGGGAAAAAUCCAAACCGGCUUACUAUGUGCGAGAUAUCAACUGUGGAGAAAACGAUGAUCUGCCUUCAAAAGAACAGGUUGCGUUAUCCUCGCUCUCAGCAGAAGAAAUGUCAGCGCUAAUAAGCAAAGUACAAGGUGUAUUUCAAGGCGCAGAGGCGGUGCUGGAGCUUCGUGUCCUGUCCCACCCAGCCCUGCAGCAGGAGCUGACAGAUCCCAGCAAUGGAAAGUCAGCCCUCAAACAUCUCCAGCAGCAGGCAUCCAUAGUGGGCCACCUGUCGAGCCUGGGCCUGCUGGGAGCCGACCGCUGCUACGUGGAGUUUGGCGCCGGGCGGGGGAAGCUGUCCCACUGGGUGCGGCGUGCCCUGCCCGGCGCCACGCGCGGCGUCUCCUUCCUGCUCGUGGAGAGGUGCAGCACGCGCUUCAAGGUGGACGGGAAGCACCAGGAAGGGGACGUGGAUUUCCGCCGCCUGCUGAUAGACAUUCAGCACCUUCACCUUGGUAAUAAAGCCAGUCUCUUCAGGUGCCACAGCUUCAGGAUAAGGGGACGUCUGUGGUGGCCAUCGGAAAGCAUCUGUGUGGAGCGGCAACAGACCUGGCCCUGCGCUGCCUCAUGGAGACCCUUCCGCGGCACGGCACCCGGGCCGCAGCGCCAGGACUCGCCGCCUGUGGGGAGGAGGCCCCCGGCCAGGCCCCCUGCGAGACCGGCACGGGCCCCACGCUGGGCAUCGCCAUCACGCUGUGCUGCCACCACCGCUGCAGCUGGCCGGCCUACGUCGGGAAGGAGUAUUUUUGCUCUCAGGGCCUGGGCCCAAAGGAGUUUGACCUCAUCCAGAGGAUGUCCAGCUGGGCCACCUGUGGCUGGAGGAGACCGACGGACCAAGUGCCGGACAACGGAAAUGAAGACGCCACAAGAGAAGAGAGGGCGAGCAGACAAGGAGGAGUGGAGUGGCAUGCAGAGGAGGAGAUGGAGGCCAUUGAUCAUGCUGCACCUUGUCAGGCAGAAGAUCAAAUCAGCUACGGCCGGAGCCGUGCAGAGCGGGAGCAGCUGGGCCGGCUGUGCAAGCGCGUGCUGGACGAGGGCCGAGUGCGCUACCUGCGCGAGUGGGGCCUCACGGCCCGGCUGCAGCGCUAUGUGGAGGCCGGCACCACCGUGGAGAACGUGCUCCUCACUGCUCGCUCUGCCACCGCCUCCUGAAGCCACCGGCCCGUACCGUCUGGAGAGCUCAGCUGAUGCCUGGCGGCAAGGGCGCCAAGAAAAUGUACCUUGGUGACACCAGUUGGAAGACAGCCUCCUUGUCUGCCAUGGAAUCACCACCAUGCCCAGAAGUAUUUAUAUGUACCUAUGUAUAUUUUAACUGUAGGAAAAACUAAGAAGAGCCAGAGUGUACAGUGCUGGCAGUUGGGGAAAUUGUAAAAAAAAUUGGUAUGGACAAUUUUCAAAUGUUAUAGACACGAGAAUGGAUAUGUUGGUGACACAAAUAGAAAGGUCUAAGGAGAGCCAUCCAUGAAAAAGAUUAAUUGAAAUGUUCAUGAAGGCAGGGUGGAGGAAGAGCAGAAAUGGUUGGGUUGGGGAUUGGUUUUUCUCCCAGUUAUCCCUCAAGGUCUCCAGCUGUUGAGCAAACUCGUGCAUGUGACCUUUGAUUUCACUUGUUUAUCCUUUGCUGCCUUGUACUAUUAGACAUGGAGAUACGCAUGGGAGCCCAACAAUAGACUUUUAAAUGAAUUUAUUAUGGAUGUGAUUAUAUAAUGCUCAAAAGCCAUCACCCCAGCCUGGAUGUCCCAUUCUUGGAGUUGGCAACAUCUGCAUAUUUACCUACAGCUGGCAAGGAACAUUCACCAAGCAUGCUUCCAUAAGUAUAAAAACUGUUUUAUUUAACAUACAGCAUACAAUGCAAAGGUAUCCGUUACAGUUCUACAUAGUCAAAUGCAAUUGGUGUUUACUGCAAAAGUCACAUGGUGUCUACAUUAUUAAUGCACACUCGCUAGCAGGAUAUGUUGUGUUAGACCAAACACUAUCACCAUUUUGACACCAGAGCAGCUCACAUCUGAUAUGUUACACUACAUUAUUACUACUUGUAAAAACAGCCUUUUCUUCUGUGUCACCUACAAAAACAAAUUUGAAGGCCAUGUAAAGUGUCUGCAACUGUGGCCUAGUUCCUGCUCAAAAGCACCAGCAUCUCGUGGGGCAGUUGGAAACCGAAGCCAAGUCCUUGUGCAUGGGAUUCAUGAAGACGUUGCAGCUUAUCCACCAUUAGUCGACGUUAAUUUAAAAAGUGCUUCCUUGGGCUGGGCAGAGCACAGCCCGGGGCCCUUCCACUUGAAUUUGUGAAUCUGCAAUGCGUUGUGCUUCAGUCACAAGUCAACAUGUAUUGUACAUCUUGACUUAAAGCUUUCAUGACUGCAGGAGUUAAUGUUCUUUGGGUCUUUUGGUAAAGUCACUUACAUAGGCUGAAAGAAAAUAACGAUGCUUUUUUUCUCCUCCUUAUGAUGGUCACUUGUGUUGUGAUUGAAACGGCAUAGUUUUUUCUUAUUUUCUUUCAACCAUCUACGUGACUUUACUGAAAGACCCAAAUAAUAUGUAUUGUUACAUUGUGGUGAAUGUAAUGACCAGUGUUUGCACAAACCCAGCACAUACAACAUGGAAUAAAACAAAUUGCUACUUACAAGCGCUGUUUGACGGGUGCUUGUGAAGCAACGGAUCAUUACCCCUCUACGUCAUUCUCAGCAGCUUUGUCUUCACGGAAUCAAUGAGCUUUUAUUCUAAGGUGGCACUACAAAAUGUGAAUACUUUCAUUGUCCAUGUUGUGGUGUAAGCAGUCAGAUUGAGUGCGCCCAUCAACGGAGGGAAGGGGCGUAGGCACUUGAGGCUGAAUGCAAUACUGAACGUGUGACGCAGCCGCUGGCCCAGUGCUGACGUUAGCCGAGCUGCAGACUCAGGGAGACCACGGUGGUGUAUUCUGGGCUCGUCUCUAAAAGCCACAACGGAGAGAGAGAGAGGUCAAUGCUGCCAUCGAAGUUAAUGAACACUUACAGGACAACACUGCAUCAGCCACUUCGUUUCAGCAUAAUUACUACAUCUGCAUUACGUUGGCCCUGCGGACAUGAUUCAGGUGGCAGUGCUAAAGGGGAAGUUCCAACACCAAGAAUGAAACUAGCCUCCAUCGCUCACACCACUUGGCAGACGGGCAUCUACUCGAGGGUAUUUGGCCUACUCUUCCAUGCUGGCAAGAUGCCUUGUAACAAGUAUCCCCUUUACAGUUCGCACAAUGCACAGCAUAAGGUUACUAUGGACAUGGAGUAUUAAAUAUGCAUUCAAUGGCUGUCAUUAACUAUGUUACAUUGGCCAACAUAACACACAAGCUAAUAAUUUGCAUCAUCAGCCUUUCCACAAAAAAUAAAAGUAUUGUUUACACAUCCACUCAACCACAUGGCCUAGUGGUGCAUAAUUUAAGAAACAAGCACAUGGUUGUUUUAUUGGUUUGAUUGAACUAGAACCCAACUCUUUCAGAGAGGGUCCUUGCCUACGAACAUUCCACAGUUUCAGCAAGGCUGGCUGCUGGUGAGACUCAAAACCGGUCCUGAGUUUGCUUGUGUUGAAUCUAAUACUGCUAAAAUUAUGCACUCCCAUAAGUCUGGGUGGCUGAUGCGAUGUGUAAAAGACAUUUUUUAACACGGAGGGACAGAUGUGGAAAUGUAUUGCAUAACACGGGUAAAGAAAUUUAAAUCCAAGUUGUGGUGCGGCACCCUCCGUCGUCGUUUUGCCGUAACAAAGGCAACGUGCGGGCCCAGGACACAUACCUCUCUUCUGCAGGUCCUGGAAGUACGACGUCAUGAACUCCUUCCCCAUGUCCUCUUGCUCUGCGUCGACGACCUGCAGCCGCUUGUUGAGCGGUGGGGGGGAUGUCUGCUUCGUGGUCCUCAUCUCCUGCAGCCGGUUCUCCCUCAUGUCCAGGAUCCUGGCCCCACAUGGGUCCCAGGCACCACGUGACGCACACAACUAGACGCGCCGCGUGUAUUUGGCUGAAAGAGGCGACGUUAUUUGUCCAUAAAAUUCACUGGAGUGGAGAUUGAGAUAGGGCAGGAGCGAGGGGAGAUACAGCGCCACAGAGUGGAGGUCACUGCUGGACGGGAGCGGUGAUGGGGAGGGAAGGGAAUUCAGGGAGGCCUUCGUCCAGCAGUCGGAUGGUACAAGCUGACCCUGCGAUGUUAUAAACAAAACUAUUGACACCCUGGAAGGGUCUGCGGGAAAAAAACGUCAAGAAAUAAGCUUAAAUGAUCGCAGGCACAUAUCGAAGAUUAAACGUAAAUGUGAUGACCAGGCGAUAACGGAGUUCUGCUGUUGUGUGUGUGAUGUUCACGAGAUGGUGGUGCUGGUGAAGCCCCCUGGCUGAACACCGCUCGCUCACUUGAGGUGGGGCAGCUUGUAGAGCACCGUGGGCACCUGCACCAGAUGGUCGGCGCUCACCACGAGCGUGCGCAGCUCACCCAUGUCGCUGAGCGCCAGGGGCAGGUAGCGGAUGCUGUUGUGAUGCAGCAGCAUGGUCUCCACUCGCUCGAGCCUGCGGGCAAGGGACAGCGGUGCUACUCGGUGCCCUCCACCAUCCGCAGCAGUGGCACCAGCCUGGUGUCUUGUGAGGCUGAAAACCACGCGAGCGCUCGCUCCCACGUUUGGUGCAUCACCUUACGCAAUAGAUUCCACUGUAACACCCCCAUUGAGAACCUUAAAUUAAACAUUUUAUUGAUAUGUCAAAAUACAUCGAUUGUCUUCAUUAUUAAUGUAGGGCCCUCUGAAAAGCUUCACGCUUUAAAACCACAAUCCCCUUGGGUGUCGACAUCCACCUCUGUAUUUGUGUAAUGAUCACGCUGUCUCUGCGGGAUAUUAUUGCUGUAACAUCACUGCACUGCGAACGUUUUAAAAAGUUACUUGUCGGAGCCAAUUUGCGUUAUGGGGUGUUAUCUUCAACGUAAAUAAAUAUAUUUUCCAUUAA